CGGAAUAUCUGAUCUCGAACGGUAGAUGUUAAUUCCGGUUGACUCAAUUUAAACAUCACUUUUUUGAUAACAGAUUGGCGAUUACACUUCUCUUCCUACCGCUUAGCCCUCCUGUCAGGUGCGCAUCAAACGCUCAGCCGCCACACAAAUUGAGUACACCAUGACGAUCUCCAACAACGCGACGACCGACACUGUCGAAUUUCCUCCUGAACUGCCUAUAGCGCAGCUGCACACUAUUGAUCUGGGGAGGCUGCAAGCCGGUGACGAGGAUGAAGCUCAGCGCCUACUCGACGCCAGUCGCAAGGAUGGUGUCUUCUAUUUGAAUCUUGCAUCUGCGCAGAAGGAAAUCGUUCCGGUCCUGGAUUCUAUCUACGAGCUUUCAAACGGACUCUUUAGUCUGCCGCUCGAAGAGAAAUGUCGGUAUGAUGUGGAUAGGCUGGGUAAAAUGAAAUGCAAUGGAUACAAGCCCUUGGGUCGCAACUUCGGAGGACUAGAGGGUAAACGCGAUGGAUUCGAGACCUACGUGAUCCCCAAGAACGGAAUCCUGAGCCUGGACAACCAGCGGGACUUUCCCCGCCCCCCACUGAUUGACCACUACAUGAACACCCUGCAACAGUUCACCACCUUCGUCAACACAACCUCCCAGACUAUUUUCGACAAGCUCUCACAUUCCCUGGAGCUCCCCGAAACCGGGAACCUGAAGCUCCUCCAUCGCCCGUCCGCCCCAUCGCCGGACAUCAUCCGUCUCCUCAAGUACCACCCUCAGCCCGCCGAGCAGCGCGGGGUUCCACACGCCGCCCACACCGACAUGGGCACGCUAACCUUCCUAUUCACCCGCCAGCCCGGGUUACAGAUCCAGAAUCCCGGUGAAGAGAUCUGGAGAUGGGUGCUGCCGCGCGAGGGCCACGCCAUCGUCAACUUGGGUGACGGCCUCUCCCUGCUCACCAACGGCUACCUGCAGUCCUGUGUCCACCGCGUUGGCCCUCUUCCCGGUCGGGCUAUGCCGACCCGCUAUUCGUUCGCGUACAUGGUGCGUCCGGAGAACCAGACGGUGAUGACUGCGCCGCAGACGGGAUGCAUCCCUGCUCGUGACCCUGAUGCGACGGUGCUGACGGCGCAGGAGUGGUUGGAGAAGAAGUACUCUGUGCUACGGUUGGAUGCGCGGCCGGAUGACUUGAUCAGUUUUCAGGACGCUGGCGAGGAUUCAGAGAUUGGUGGGUCACUAGUUGCUUUCUCCCUGAUCUCAAGAGAAACCUUGUGUAUGCUAUACCUUCGCUAA